AUGGACGUCACGGACCCAAAUAAGUCACAAGAGCAUCCAUUUGGUCCUAAUUAUGAUAAGGUUGAAACUGCUAGCAAACCAGUUUUGAACUUAUACAGACAGUUAAGCAGUUCACCGCAAUAUGACGAAAAACAUCCACACCUUUUAGAGGCGUUAAAAUAUUUCUUAGGCGUUGAAGAUAAACCAGAUAAUAAGCCAAUUGCUAAUCCACGUAUUCACCCAAAAAUAUAA